AAAUCUGAACGCAAAUCACUCCCGAAGCUACAGGCAACGUCACGACGCUUCAAUACGUGCAGUGUUGCGUCACCGUCUCGCGAGAUGAGACUUGUGACGUCUGGACGAGCUGCCCGGAAGGAGUCGCUGUGCACAUUGAGGGCUUGAUUUUGGUUUCUUCCAACAAGUUCCAUUGUUUGACGGCACCCUGGAGCAACCAAGCCUCGAUGGGGUUUACCUCGGUGGGAUUGAAUAUGACUUUUACCAGCUCAUAUCCACUGAGCUGGAGAACUUUAUGCAUCAAGGAGACCUGAAAAAGGUUCUUCUGUUUCCGCCAGUAUCCAGUCGGCUGAGGUACAUCAUUCAUCGGCUAACAGAGUCUCAUACUGCACUGAGCAGCUUUUCUGUGGGAGAGGGCUGGCAGAGACGUACCGUUAUUUGCUACACCAGCAUCAGGCUUCCUACCCAAGAAGAAGAAACCAGGCCCAAAAAAUGCGAAAGGAGCUAUGUUGCCAACAAAAUGGGAAAGGGAAGAGCAGGCUGGAGGCCAAAGAAUAGGAGACCAGACCAAGCUUUAUAUGCGCCGAGGGGAAGAUUUGGAGGAAGAGAGAACAUGGCAGGGGACAUGAACAGAAAAUCACUGAAGGCAGAAGAGAAAAGGGAAGAUACUGAGAAGCCUGUGGGUGUACUUUUGACAUGUGAAGAGAGUGAGGGUGAGAAAUAUAAGUUAGGAGAAGGAUCUGUUGAGACAGAGAAGAAAAUGAUCUUAGAGGAUGAGGCAGAAAUGAAAUCAACAUUACAGACUACAGAGGAGAAGAGCACAGAAUCAAUGGAGCAAGUCAAAGACUUGAGGCCAGAGGAUGAGGAACAGAAAGAGAAAACUUACACAGAGAAUGAAGAAGACCUGCAGACAUUGAGAUCUGAGCGUGGGGAAGAAAACCAACCUAUAUCUGGAAAUGUGAGUGCCACAAAGAAGUCAGAGUUGUGUGAACCCAGAAGUACAGAAUUACAAAUAAUAGCCCCCACUGAGGAAGGUCAAAAAAUGGGUGCUCUGAUACCACUUUCAGAUUUGGUGAGCCCAGAAAGUGCUUCUGAAGAACGCUUUAGAGAGCCAGGGAAAGUGCUGCUCUGUGAGGGCCCAGAGGAUAGAAUGGAGGGGUCUCUUGCAGAAUGCAAGGAUGUUCCUGGACCCUCAGAAGCUAACGACAAUGACAACAGAGGAGCCGGAAGUGUCCAGGGGGAAGAUAAAGGAGAGAGCAAUCCUUUUGCCCAAGAUAAAAAAACUGACAUCUGCACUAGAAUAAGUGAAGAGGAAAAGUCUCCACUGUGUGACACAUACAGACAGGGUGAUGCACAAGAGAAGGGGAGGGCUGAGCCAGCAACAAAUGACCGAUCACCAGAAGAACCAGGAAUAUUACAGCAAAUACUAAAAGAAAUCAUUGCCAACGUCAGUGAGAAGGAUGUGCAGAUUCAGCCCCUCCUGAAUGAUUUUUCUGCGUAUGCCGAAGAUCAGACGGACCAUGGGAGAUUUGGCCAUGUCAUUGAGGUUUAUGGCUUCUCACGUGAGCUCCGCACUGAAGAUCUACUGAAGCCUUUCACUGAAUACAGGGAUCGAGGGUUCCAAUUGCAAUGGGUGGAUCAGAUGCACGCCUUGGGAAUAUUCUCCAGCCCUGAAGAUGCAUAUUCUGCCUCCUGUAGGUCAUAUCCAGGCAUGAAGUUCCGCCCACUGUCCCAGGGGUGCCACCAGUCGAAAAUGAAGGCGCAUGAAUGUGCAGAGUUUCAUUCCACCAAGGAGAGACCCCAGACAGAUUCUUCUGUGGCAAAGAGAAUGGUGAGCAGAGCCCUUGGUCACACCAAACAAGAUGGAAACCAUAUUUUGGAAGACUCCAAGUAGAGGGGAAGAAUUAUUUUGAGAACUGUGUUGCAUUGGGGCUGAGAGGGGAGCUUUAGGACUUAUUGCAGGAAGGCUGCCCACAGGCUAGCAGUCCAGUGGCUUUGUCAUUCUAAGCAUGUGCCGCUUAGAGGUGGAAUUAACUAUGUGUUGGCCUGCACCAAGUACAGUAUUCUAGUGAGUAGAUAGGGGGUGCUAGUUUAUAUUUAAAGUGCAUGGGCUGAUAGAGAAAUCCAGUAUGGGAAUCCUGUCACUAAAUAUAAUUCAGUUGCCGCAGCACUUAUUUAAUCCUUAAUGUGCAUAUACAUUAUCUUAUUUCCCUUAUUUUGCCUCUGUGGGGCAGUACAUCAUAGAAAUCCGAUGUAACAAAUUGCAGGCCUUUGGGUGCAAGCCUGAACUAAUGUGGCUCACCCUGCUGGUAGUAUACCCUGAAGCAGUUUCAAUACACCUUCUAAGUUUCUAUGAAUGACACUCCAAUCUCAUCCCCUCCCCAUGUUGAGGAGUUGUUUCUUUGUUGCAUUCGUUACUAUUUGUUUUUGUCGUUCAUGACAUCAUGUGCUAACAACAUGACAUCACUACCUUCUGGGC